UCAGUUUGUCAGCAGCACAAGCCAACAACCAACCAACAUGAAAUUCCUGGUUUGCAUUGCCCUCCUCGUCGCCGUGGCCUCCGCCGAGCCCGGAGUGUUGGGAUACAACAACUACAACGGCUACAACGCCUACAACUCUUAUGGCUAUGGAUCUCCCUACGGCCACUACGCCGCCACCCCCGUGGUCAAGGCUAUCGCCCCUGUCGCCACCUCUUACGCCAACGUGCACUCCGUGAGCCACGCCGCCCCCAUCGCCUACAGAUACGGCCACAACGCUCUGGCCUACGGCCGCACCUACGGAUCUUAUGGCCGCACUUAUGGAUCUUAUGGUCGCAACUACGGACAGUCUUAUGGCGCCUACCCCUCCAGCUACGGCUACGGUUACAAGAACUACGCCCACGGCUAUGGUCUCCACGGUCUCCACUACUAAGAAGUUGCAUCUAAAAGACAGCUAAUUUUUCGACGCCAUAUAUUUCGAUUAUUUAUUGAUUCCACCCCAUCCCGUAUACAUGCUCAAUUGUUUUUCAAUGACUGUAUAGUCAUGCCUUUUGUGAUAUCCAGUAUGAAAUAAAUUUACCAGACUGAUUU